GCCAAGUACCUCCAAAUCAACUACACGACCUAUGAUGUCCGUCAUGAUCAAGAUACCCUGAAACCAGGGUACAGUGGUGUUGUAAUGACUUUGUUGAGAGAACAUGAUGGUGACACUCAUCCAUCUUGGUAUGCCCAAGUUUUAGGUGCUUUUACCAUACAGGUGCUCCAUGUUGGCCCUGAUGUUUGUAAUCACUCACCUCAGUCCAUGGAAUUCUUGUGGGUUCAAUGGUUUGGUGUAGUCCUGUGUUACCACUGGAGCAUCAGGGAGGGUCGUCUUCCGAAAGUUGGAUUCAUACUGGACUCACCCUCUGCAUUUGGUUUCCUUGAUCCCUCUGUUGUUCUUAGAGCCUGUCAUCUUAUACCCUGCUUUGCUGAUGGCCACACAGAUACUCUUCUUUGGCAUGGCCCAACUGUUGCGCGACCAUUUGGAGAAGUAAAUGACUGGGCUGCCUUCUAUGUUAAUAUUUUUGCAGAUUGUGAUAUGUUUGCUUGUUUCACAGGCAUAGGUGUUGGCCAUGUGGUUCAGUAUAACAUGUUGAAGGACACUGAGUGCGAACAUGGACCAGGAAGCUGUGAUGAUGAAUUGGACAUUGUCAUGAGCAACACCAAUGCUGGAGACUGUCAGAAUCAAACUCGAGGUGAAGAAAAUGAUGAUGAUGAGGAUAAUGAAGAAGAAGAUGAUGAUGAUGAAGAUAAUGAUGCAUGA